UUGCCCUGCAGACACGUAUUUUCAAUGUUUUUUAAUUAAAAAUUAAAUUGUUGUUAAACCAGGCACCGCAGGCCAAUUAAAAUUAGCACAGACAGUGCCUCGUCAUGUUCGCCAACCUGAAGAACAAGCUGAUCGAGGAGGUGAAGGCGUCGCCGUCCAAAUUCCAGCAAUUUGCGAAUGCUGCACAGGCCGCCGUGAGCUCAUCGUCGAGCACAACGCCAACUUCGGAGACGAACACCAGCAGCAACAAUGAGAACUUUUUCAGCAUCACGGAGGAAGACACGCCUCAGAACUCGCCUUAUCGCAUACAGAAACUGCCGGCCACCAGUGCAUCUUCACUGCGGGGACGCUCCUCCACGCAGUCCCUCAACGGAGUGGGCUUGAGCGGUGGAGCCACGCCCAGGACACGCAAGCUCUCCAACUCGUCCAUGGCCAGCGAUGUGUCCUUCCGCCUGCCCUCGUACGAUGCACCAGCUGUGUAUCACCUCCAAUCUGAUCUGGACGAGACCAGCAGCGAGUUUGACGACUCGGCUUCUACGGCCCGCCUGGAUGUGAUCACCAAGGACCAGCUUUAUGAUGCCUACAAGAAAUCCCUGGACCGCUACCACAAAUACCGCUGUCGCUACACGGAUUUGGCGAAGAAGUACAAGGAUUUAGAGCGCGACAGCUCCAAAGCCAGGUCAGUGCUGGUGGAAACCCAGGACAAGGCUUUGCGACGCAUCAGCGAGCUAAGGGAACAGUGCACCCUGGAGCAGCAGGCCAAGGCCCAUUUGGAGGAGGCCCUACGUAUCGAAAUGGAUGACAUGAGCUGCAAAAUGCAGGCUUACCAGACCAAGCUCAAGCUGCUGGGCGAAAAUCCGGACAACAUAGCGGCAGCUCUAGAGCGCAGCGGUCAGUCGCAGGAUUCGGAGAAGCUAAUUGACCUUGAUGAGUCGGCGGGGAAGUCCCCCCCACCACCAGCUAAUACGAACGGUGCUCCCACUGAGGAUGUGUCCCGCCUGCAGGAAUUACUUAAAGACCGGGAAACUCAACUCCAGGAGGUGAAGGAGAAGUACGAAGCCUUGCGCAAGCAGGAGGAAGAAAAUGUCCUGCUCCUGGCUCAGACCAAGCAGGCCAUACACACGGAGCUGGAGCACAAGGACACCGAGGUAAGCCAGUUGCAAGAGAAGCUGAAACAGCUGGAGUUGCAGCGGGAAACGCACACCAACGAAGCCAAGGAGCAGUUGAAGAAGCUGCAGGCCACCAAACAGGAAGUGGAGGCCAAGCUCAUAGCCACCGAGCAUUUGCUGAGCACUCUCAAGGGUAACUUUGCAGCCAAAGAGCAACAGGUGGUUACCCUCGAAAAGCAACUCGAAAUAUUCAAGACAGAAAGCGAGCAGAAGCUGAAAGCUCUCGAAAAGGAGAACCAGGAAAGCGACUCAAGUGAGCAACUGAAGCAGCUCCAGUCAGCCAAGGAAAAGGCUGAAGCGAGUCUCGAAUCUCUUCGGAGCCAACAGGCAGACCAGGAGGCACAACUGAAGGCUCUGACAGAAGAGCUGGCUACUCUGAGGAAAGAAAACGAACAAAACUUGGCUAAACUUCAACAAACUAGCAAAGAAAGUGAGUCUCAAUCGAAACAGAACCAGGAAAACCAAAGGAUACUUCAAGCCGCCAAGGAGGAAACUGAAGCCAAGUUAUUAGAAACCGAAGAGCAGCUUAACUCUCUCCGAAAAGAGCACAAAACUCAAACAGAAGAGCUCACCAAACUGCAAGAGAAGCUUUCGGAAAACGAAAAGAAUUUGGAGAAAUUGCAACAAAACAACCAGGAAAGCGAGUCACAAACCAGCGAAGCCCAGGAGCAGCUAAGGAAACUUCAGGCAGGCAAGGAGGAAGCUGAACAUAGCCUCAAAGCCUUGCAAGCAGCUCUCUCAAGCAAAGAAGAACAAGCUGCUUCCUUGGAACAGCAACUGAGUUCCCUCCAAACCGACAGCCAACAGAGCCUGCAGGAUUUGCGCUUGCACAACGAUCAGUUACUGGAAAUUGUCCAGAGGCAUCAGCAAAACGACUGGGAAAGCCAACUGCAGGUGGCCAAAGAAGAGCUAAAGCAGCGAGAACAGCGCAGUCUCGAACUCGAAAAGAAUCUGGAGAUGGAGCGAGAAUCCUUGGCUGCCUUGAGCUCCGAGAAGAUAGCUUUGGAGGAGCAGCAUCGACUUAAGCUGGAGCAGCUAAAUCGUGAGUUACAAAUCCUGCAGGAUCAGCAUGCCCAUACGGAGAGCGAAACGGUGGCUGCCCUAAAGACUCAGCUGGAGGCACUCAGCCAGGACUUGGCCACCAGUCAGGCGAGUCUUCUGUCCAAGGAAAAGGAACUCAAGGCCAGCGGCAACAAAUUGAACAAGAUGAAGAAGCAGCAUGAGCAGCAUCAGUCCAGGUCCAGCGAACAAGCCGCUCGCUUAGAGCUGCUUCAAAAGGACUUGACGGAUCGCCAGAAUCACUCCCGGCAGGUGGAAAGCGAGAAGGAGGAGCUGCAGGCUCGUGUCACCGGCAUAUUGGAGGAGAUUGCCACCAUGCAGAGGCAAAUGCAGCAGGUCCAGGAUUCUCACAGCGAGCUAGAGCGGGAGAAGCGCAAGCUGGAGUCCCGCAUCGAGUCACUGCAGCAGGAACAGGUGGACAGCACGGCCCAGGAUGAACGAACCUCCGCCAAACUCGAAGAGAUCCAAAGCGAUAACACCAAGCUGGCUGAGAGGAAUUGCCUCCUAGAAGAGCAGGCCAAUUACUUGGAGUCCCAGCUGCAGGACAAGCAGGAUGAGAUGGGCAAGAUUCAGGUGAAGAUGCAACAGGUGCUAGAUGAGCACUCCAAGCUACAGAAUGCCCAGGAGCUGAUGGAUCACGACCACCGCACGCUCCAAGACAAGUGUGAUGCCUACGAGAAGGACAAGCUGCUGACCAAGGACCAACUCGAGGAGCUGCAGCGGAUUAAGGCCAACCUUGAGAGGGAUCUCGAGGAGCAGCAGCAGACCAAGGCCAACCUGGAGAGAGAUCUUGAGGGGCAGCAAGAGGAAUUAAUGAAACUGAGAGAUUGCGAAAGGGAACAGGAGCAACAGCUGCGAGACCAGGAGGAACGUUGCUCCGAGCUAGAAACUAGCAGGUCUAGGAUGCAGGACGAAAUCAGCAAUCUGCAGGAGCUAUUGGCCAACACGCAGCUGCAGGCAGAGCAGGGCGACCAGGAGAAGAUCCAGGCUGCCAGUGCCUCCUACACGACGCAAAUCGAAAACUUGGAAGCUCGCUGGAGUGCGGCCAAUGCGGAUGUAGAGCGUUUGCACGAAGCCAACGAUGCCCUGCAACUGGAAAUGGAGCAGCUGAAGACCAGGCACAGCCAGGACAAAGAGGAUGUCAAAGAGUCCAUAGCGCAGAAGAACCGACAGGUGGUGGAGCUACAAGAGAAGCUGGCCCUCAGGGAUCGUGAGCUGACGGAAAAGGUAGAUAAUACCCAAAAGCUGGCCAAGUUCGAGGAGCUGCAGGUGGAGAACGAGUGUCUGAACAAGCACACCAAGCACUUGGAGCAGGAGCUGGCCGAGGCUGCAGAGGUCAAGGAGAAGCUCAAGUCCCUGCAAUGCGAGCUCUAUGUCCUGCAAGAGAAGGCCGAGCAGCAUGCCGUCCAAGUGUCCGAAAAGGAGACCCAGAGUGCAGCCGCCAAGGCAGAGGCAGUUGAGCUCAAGCGAGCCAUUGAAGAGCAGGCCGUGGAGUUGACCCGCCAAAAGGAGCACGCCAGCUUUGUGACCGAGCAGAGCGAUGCGGUCCAAAAGGAUCUUCUGCAGGCCCAGCACCAGCUUCAGGAGAAACAGACCGAACUGGCCCAGAGCCAUGAAGAACUGGCCAGCCUAAAAGCCACCAUUGAAGGUCUGAGCUUAGAGGUGACCACACUUAAGGAGCAGGCAGCAGCCACCUUGGACUCCGAUGGCCUGCGCAGCCUCAACGAGCGUCUGCAGCGGGAAUUGGAGGAUCUCAGGCACAAGAGCAACGGUGCGGAGUCCAAUAUGCAGCAGGAGAUCGAAGAGCUGCAGGCCAACAACCAGCAGAUGGCUGAGCGCAUCAACGAGCUGGAAACCCUGCGAGCUGGCAUUCAGGCCCAGCAACUCCUCGCCAGCAUGGCGCCCAAAACCCAGCAGCAGGAGGAUCCCGCCAAGGCUGAACUGGAGGCCAAGCUCAAGGAGAUCAUGAGCGAGGUGCAGGAUGUCACGAAUCGUAAUCUGUUUCUAGAGCAAAAAUGUGAAAACUUCCUGAUCCUCGAGCAGUCCAACGAGCGGCUCAAGCUGCAGAAUGCGAAGCUGUCGCGGCAACUGGAUGAAACACUGGUAUCCAUGCAGCACAGCGAGAGCGUUCCGGCCAACACGGAGUUCGAGUACUUGCGCAACAUCAUGUUCCAGUACCUCACCGGCAACACUAAUAACGAGACCCUGGUCAAGGUGAUAUCGGCGGUGCUCAAGUUCUCGCCACAGCAGGCCCAAGUUGCCCUGGAAAAGGAGCAUCAGCGCCGAUCGCUGCUAAACAAACUAAUCUAGCAUGAACUGAUGGCUCUCUACGACGGCGAUUGGAACUGGGAGCCCUGCCCCCGCGCAUGAAGUCGGAAUGAAUUGGCCCGAGAUAUCACAACAAGUACCUUAUACCUCCCGCAUGGAUGAGAUUCCGGCUGACCCUAUAGACUCGGAGUUGUAAGAGCAGUGUGAACCCCCAGCUAGAUCAAUGUUAUAUUUGUACAGUCCCAUAGCUUACUAUAUUUCUCUGUCCAAAUUUGUACAUUUUGUUUUCCCAUGUUUCCGCUUCCUCCAAAAUCCAUCUAAUCCCUCUGCCCGCUUAACCCCAAGUGCAAUCGAUUUGUGUGUAUUUUAGUUUUAAGUUGAAAUUUGUAAAAACCCGCGCAGUUGGCAUUUAGUUUAAUUCAAAUUCUAUAUAAUUACAUUCAUAAAUAAAUAGUUACAAAUUA